CAAACACAGUUUACCCAAACAACAUUAAUAUUAACUUAUAUCACGUUGUUCAAUGCUUAUAUAUUUUGGUCGAGACUGUAUUUGGGUUAAUUGCUUUCAACGUGGUAUUAACAUUAUUAUUAUAAUUAAUCAGGGUAUGUGAAUGUGACAGUUGUAAACAAGCACCGCACAGCGUGGUCACUGGCCAGGGCUCACUGUAGUUUGUCUACUACUUAACAAGCACAGCCUCACUGCACAGCGUGGUCACUGGCCAGGGCACACUGUAGUUUGUCUACUACGUAACAUGAACAUCAUAUUUAACAACGUGCUUUCGGCACCCGCAGUGUAAAAUACUCGUCUAAUAACAGAUAGAAAAUACAGUAGACGAAUAGUUACAUCCUCAAUGAAAUAUUUCAUAUAAUAGAGGAAACCUAACAAUUGUGUUAUUUUAGCCAUUUAACGUAAAGAUCUCCAUACUUGCAAAAGCAGAACUUAACAGAAGUAAAUUAUUUCGUAAAAGUUGUACUAGUGAAUAACUAUGUCUCGCCUGAUUGUUAAGAAUCUACCAUUACAGAUUACUGAGGAUGAGAUCAGGAAACAAUUUGAUAGGAAGGGAAACAUAACAGAUAUAAAAUUGAAAUACAAGGAUAAGAAGUUUAGACGGUUUGCGUUCAUAGGAUACGAGAACGAUGAAGAUGCAAAGGCAGCUUGUGAUUACUUCAACAAUACCUUCAUCAAGCAGGCUAGAGUCACUGUUGAAAUUUGUAAAAAUUAUGGAGGUGAACAAAAACCUGUUUCAUGGUCAAAGAAGAACUUGCAACGUAAAGAACAAGCUAAAGGAGACCUAAAGGGUAUUAACAAAGAUGGAACUGAUUUGAAGAAGGAAAAGAAAACAAACAAUGCCAAACAAAGGAAAGAUAAAACAUCCCUCAAGGAAGAGGUAUUAGAGAAGUACAAAUAUGAACCUGGAUUUUCUGAGUUUCUGAAAGUUGCUGAUAAAGUCAUUAGAGAAGAUACCAACAGGUGUGUAGAGGGCAAUAAUAACACAGCUAUUGAAGAUGAAGAAACAUGUGUAGAAGAGCAAAAUGGUGAGGAAUGUGGAGAAGAGCACAAUGAAAAGGAAGAAGAAAAGAGAGAGAAAUUAGCCCAUAAAAAGGAUGUCUCUGAUUUAGAUUAUCUCAAAAGUCUAAUGAAAAAUCAGCCAGAUAUCAGUGGUGAUACUGAGGGUGAAAAGAAGAAACAGCAAAAGGAAUGGAAGAACUUCCAUACUGUUGUCAUUCGAGCAAAGGAGAUGUGCAAGAACAAAACCAAACGAACAUUUACAAAGAAAAGUGUGAAAGCCUUCCUCAAACCCCUAAAUUAUAAAAGCCUGAGAAUUCCAAACAACUUCAGAUUAGUAGCCUUUGUUGGCUUUGGGACUGAGAAAGAAAUGAUUCAGGCACUCCAGAAACACAAGAGCUUCUUAGAUGGUGUCCGGGUACAUGUUUUGAAGCAUGAGACACCUUUGGAGACAACUGCUUGUUCCCAAAACAAUGCACCAUGGAGUACCACUGAGGAGAAAGUAAAACAUGCUGAACCUGUAGCUGAAUCUGGAAAGAUCUUUGUGCGGAACUUGUGGUACUCUGUUACUGAAGAUCAUCUGCAGGAGCUGUUCAAGAAGUAUGGAGAAGUUGUGGAGAUCAAUCUUCCCAUCUGUAAGAUCACCCGGCGACCCAAAGGUUUUGCAACAGUGACUUAUCUGUUCCCUAAUGAUGCAGUUAGAGCGAUGACUGAAUUAGACGGAACAACUUUCAAAGGAAGGUUAUUACAUAUUCUUCCAGCAAUCUCCGAUGAAGCUGAGGAAAAACCUAAAGAAGGUACAAGCUUUAAAGACAAGAAAGCUAAGGAACAAAAAGCCACUGCUGGAUCGUGGCACAACUGGAACACAUUGUUCAUGGGUAGCAGUGUUGUUGUGGAUGUCAUGGCUGAGAAAUACAGCAAAUCUAAACAAGAGAUUCUAAGCUCGGAAGGCAAGCAGAGUGUUGCUGUUAAUCUUGCUUUGGGUGAAGCACAAAUUGUAGAUGAAACUAAGCGAUUCCUUGAGGAUAAUGGAAUUUCUUUGGAGGCAUUUUCAAGUCCAGGUGUACAGCGAUCUAACACAAUAAUUCUGGUGAAGAAUCUACCUGCUAAAACUACCGCCCAGGAACUGUCAGAAAUCUUUAAGCGGUAUGGAGAACUUGGUCGGGUUGUGUUGCCUCCUUCUGGUGUAUCUGGUGUUAUCGAGUACCUAGAUCCAGGUGAAGCCAAGAAAGCAUUCCGCAACCUUGCAUAUUCAAAAUUCAAGUACUCCCCACUCUACCUGGAAUGGGCUCCAAUACAAGUGUUCAAGAACGAAUUUACACGUCAGCCACAGAAUGAGAAAGAACAGAGUCAGGAUGCUGUAGAGACUGAAGAUAUACAAAAAGAAGAGGAACAAGAAAGAGUAGAUGUGCUUCCUGACCCUGAACCAAACACAACAGUCUAUGUUAAAAACUUGAACUACUCAACUACUGAGGAAGUUCUUAAACAGCAUUUCAAGAGGACUGGACUUGUUCACUCAGUGUUAAUAGCUAAGCGAAGAGGAGUCUCUCAAGGCUAUGGGUUUGUACAGUUUCUGAGAAGGUCAGAUGCACAAAAAGCCCUGAGAGAUAUAAAUGACACUUUGCUUGAAAAUCACACACUUCAAGUUAAGCUGUCUGAGAAAACACUGAUAACUGAGACAAAAACUUCAAGGAGGAUGCAUGAUGCUGGGAAACAGACAUCUUCAAAAAUGGUGGUGAAGAAUGUUCCUUUCCAGGCAACUGUAAAAGAAAUACGACAGUUGUUUGAAACUUUUGGCGAGUUAAAAUCUGCCCGCUUGCCAAGUAAGCCAGGGAACGUGGAGCACAGAGGUUUUGGUUUCAUUGAAUUUGUUUCAAAAGAGGAUGCAAAGAAAGCAUUUGAGGCCUUAGGAUCAAGUACACAUUUGUAUGGCCGCCGCUUGGUGUUAGAGUGGGCUAAAGAGGAAGAAUCUGUUGAGCAGUUGCGGAAAAAAACAGCAGAACAUUUUCUUGCAGCAGGUAAUGAAAUUAAAAAGCACACAUACAUCCAUGUAUGAGUACUUAUUUACUGC